AAGGGCAGUUUGAGUGGGACCCAAACAAAAUUCUCACACUUCCUCCUUCUUUCCCUCUUUUAUAUUUUUCUUGGAUUCUAUAACAAACGCGCAAAGCGCCGAGAAAACCCCCCGUACCAGAAAGCAAUGCAAACUAGAAGAAACAGUUGCUUGCACGAUCUGUGAAGCAAAAUCUCACACAAAAAAAAUAGCAAAAAGGAGUGGCCUUUACUCUCUUCUUCUUCUCUCUCUCCUUUUUUCUUUCUCCUCGAGCAGCCUCAUUCAUUCACACCCCAUCACCCGUUUCCACUUCCUUCGCUUUCUGGUUCAGCAGGCUUAGCAGAAAAUAAAGGAUUAUCUGCUCUGAACUUUGUUUGAAGUAUCACACUCCUUUCUGAUGGAUGAAUUGAGUAUCAAUUUAUCAAUGACCCGUGAAACAACAAAGCCAGAUGAGGGUAAUUCAAGAAGAAAUUCUACAGGGAAAAUAUUCUCGUUAAACAGUGAAGAAAGGAUUCCUCAUUAUCUCAGAGUUUCUACUGGUUCCUGUCAUGAUCAUUGUAAAUAUGGGAAGAAACAUGAAUUGGAAGUGAAGGCAAGAUGUCCCAUAAAGUCCGUACCAAGAAGACUUCCAACAAAAUCACCUAACAGCCAAAAUUCAGUAGAGAGUGCAGUUUUUCCAGAGAGGAAGAAUACAGCAGUGAUCAAGCUCAAACAUUCACCUGAUUCGAAAACCCUUUUACCUGAUACAUGUAACAUUACCAAGCAGCAACCGUCAAAUAAUUCAAUUGACAGCCAAAAUUCUGUUGGGAGUGAGCUUCUGGCUGAUAGGAAGAAGACAUCAUUGACCAAGCUCAAAUCGUCAUCGCGUUCACAACCCCAUGUCUAUGCUGCGCCUAAAACCAUGAAGCAGGAAGUUUCAUCUUCUCCUGAUAAGCUGGAAGUUUCAUCUUCUCCUGAUAAGCUGGAAGUCUCUUCAAAGAAGGGUUCAAUAAAACUUAAGGACAAGAGUUUGUCUGCAAAACAUGUCAUUUCUUCAAAGCCAAAAUCUUUUGUAGUGAAGGAAUUGUCCUCUCCUGAUACUUCAGGAGGUUCAAGUGCCCUAAGAAGCGGUGAUUUGAAGAUAGGCCAGAGGACAGGGACCUCUCUGAAGCAAAAAUCUUUAGCUCUGAAGCAAAUGUCUUCUCCUGAAUCUUCAGGAGGUUUUAAAGGCCAAAGAAACAGUGAUGUCAAGAUAAGCAAGAGGGCAGGAACGCCCAUAGUGCCCCCAACAGCACCAAUGUCCCCCAGACCUUCUCUCAGGAGAGUUGCAAGCUUAAAAGCACAGAAGAACAGGACUGUGAAAGUUGUGUCUCCUCUAAAGAAUCAUAACAAGAUCAGAAAAGCUAAACCCAAGCAACUCAACAAUGAUGAGGUAGAGGAGAAGACAUUGUAUGUCAUCAAGAUUGAAACUGAGAACAAACCUUUGGAAUCCGGUCAAAACAAAAAUUGUGAAGUUGAACCGUCACCACCUUCAUCAUCAUCUUCACCCCAGUCUUUGUGCCUCCCAAAUCCUGUGUCCUUUUCACCCCAUGAAGGAGAAGAUCACGAGUCUGAAUAUACAAUGAGUGAAACAGAAGACUACUCUUUCUCAGAAGACAGUGAAGUUGACUAUAGAGAGAAUGCAGAGACCCUAAAGGAGGGUGACAAAGGGAAACCGAGAAAGUCUGGAAUGGUUUGUUCUGAAGAGAAGGAUGGCCAACCGUUAAAGUUUAGGAGGGGAAAGGUGGUUGACGGGAAAUUUGAGAAUGAUAGUCCAAGGAGACUCAAAUUUCGGCGGGGAAGAGUGUUGGGAGACAACCAGAAUGUCAAAGCUGAUGCGCAAAGGCGAAGCUUUAAGAAGAGAGGUGCUAAUGGUGAUACACUUGCUACUGAACCUGGUGCAGAGAAGGUUGUUUUGAGACAUCAAGAUGUUCAAGGAAAGAAAGAUGAGAAAGGUUUGUUUAAUAAUGUGAUCGAAGAAACAGCGAGUAAACUUGUUGAAACCCGGAAGAGUAAGGUUAAGGCCUUAGUUGGUGCUUUUGAAACAGUGAUCUCACUCCAAGAGCGCAAACCUUCAGCAAGCUCUGUUGCUUGAGUGGGGGAAAAGAACAAUAGAAAAUAAACCUAAGCUUCUAAUGUGAGAAUUUGAGUAAACAAGCUUAUGGUCUGCAAAAAUGUAAAGGAAGAUUGCUUCCGUUGGCAUUAGAUGGCCUGGAUGCAGAGUUGAAGUGGAGUCUUGCAAGCUUAGACCUUAACAUGCCUCAUCUGUAUUUUGUGGUUUCUCCCUUUCCCUUUGAGUUUCAUACCAGAUAUGAUCGACUGUUAUCUUGUGAAUAAAACAAUUAUACUCAUGACUUCAUAUACUGAGUGAGAAAAGAAAAUUUACAGAACUGUUUGUUGGUUACUUGUGAUAUCGGUUUUCUUAGUUUUUAAUAAAGUUACUAUAUUGACUGUAA